AUGCAGCAAGAUUCUAUAUAUUACGAUGCGCUGGAACUGCAUGAUCUGAAAAAAGGCAGUGCUAAUGUAUAAAAGUAAAAUGAUGAAUCAAUUGUGAUUGAAAAUUUUCAACAAUAAAAUUAAGAAUAGCUAUUGAAUCAAUCAAUAUUGAACGAAACUGCAUAAAUGAAUCCAUAGAAUAACUAAAAUGAAAGGGACGCGCUUUAAAAUAGAAUGACAAUAGCUUAAAGAAAGGAUCUUUUAUUAUUUAAGAACAUAAAAGAAUCACAGCAUGCUUCAGAUAAUUCUAUUUUGGAGGAAAUUCAACAGAGAAUUGACAAUUUUAAAGUCUAACAUGAUUAGUAUACACACAUUACGAAGUUAAGAAUAAUAUAAUGUUAAAAAGAUAUUCUACCUUCAUUACGCCAUAUUAUUAUUUAUCAAAGGUUUUGUUAGAAAAAAAUAAAUUCUAAGAUUCAACUUAAAUCUAUAACUAUAAAAAAUUCUCAUUUUAAUGGUGCAAUACUAAAAGAAAUUAUUAAGGCAUUUAAAGAUAGUCUUCAAUCAAUAGUCAUAGAAGAUUCCUAUCCAAUCAACUAGCAAAGAAAUGAGUGUUUGGUUGACUUAUUUAUUAGGAGUUCAGUUAAACCAAAAAGAUUGCCAAAUAUCAAAUUCAUUUCCUUGAGUUUAAUGAACUUACAAGAUAAUUAGGAGAAUUUAGUCUAAGAAGGAAUAUUACCAAAUGAAAGUUAAUUCUAACAAAAUAUUAAUCAAAAUCAAAAUAAUUAAACUAACUUAAAUAACUAAUAAAAUGGAUAAAAUAAUAUUUCAAAUCAGUAAAUUGCUGUACAGAAUUAAUAAAAUAAUUAAAAUUAGCAAUAAAAUGUAAAUGUUUAUGAAUAAAAUAUGAUCUAAAAUCAAUAAAAUGUAAAUAAUGAUUUAUAGAAAUAAAAGAAUCUUGAAGAAGAUUUAGAGAAAAAAACAUAUAAUUAAUUGGUUGAAAGAAUUAUUGAAGAUUUUAAAUUGCAUCUUGUUAUGAGUGAAAAUUAUUUUAGAAAUGCUAUUGAUUUUGAGAGUAAAUUUCUUUUGAGAUAAUUAACACUUAAAGGAGAGUCUCAUAAAAUUGUGAUCGAUCAAAAGUGUUUUAAUUUAAGAGAGCAUUACAGGUAUUUCAAAGAAUACAUUUAAUUGAAUAAAGAUAUUGUUGAAGUAGUUUUAUUUGUUAAUAUUGGUAGAAUAGAUCUCUAUAUUUUCAAAGAUAUUCUCGUAUAACUAAGAAGAGUGAAAAAUUUAAAAUAGCUUUGCUUUGUUCGAUUCCAAAUUGAGCAAAAUAUUCUAUAGCUGAUUAAAAAUUUUUUGUAUUGGAGAGACUAAGAUUUAUAAGAGUUGUACUUCAUUCAGUGUUCACUCAAUGACUUAGAUUUGAAAUUCUUAUUUUAGAAAAAUAAUUUAUAGAUUACUGAUUAUCCAUUACUUAACAAAAUAGUAAUAAAUGAUAAUCCUCUGGUCACUAAAGAAUAUAUGAUGCCAAUUUUGUACUAAUUAGAAGAAUGGAAGGCAGAAAGAAUUAAAAAUAACAUUUACAAAUACCCUCUAAAGUUUAAUAUAUUUGAGACUAAUUCAUAAUAUUAAAAGCAUUUUAAGUUGAGGAAAAGGCCAGAGAUUAUCACCGAAGGGGGAGUUAUUUGUAAAGAAAAUGAAAGCUUUUUGAUUAAAUACCUUACUGAUUUCUUUUAGAAUUCUUUGAUUCUAGAUUAUUUUCCUCUGGAUCAAGCCUUACAAUAAACGAUCUUUCUUUUAUUCUCUCUUAUAAGGACAAGCAAGUCUCUUUGCAAGUUAUCUCUAAGAAAUACCAAUUUGUUAAAUUUAAAUAUACCAUUAAGAUAAGAUAAUCAAGAAAUAUUAAGUUUUAUUGAAGAAAUUGAUUUAAGCGAAAACAGCUUUGCUGGCUAGCACAAAAUGGCUACAUUUUUUUCACAUGUGAAUAUUUCUCAUAUGAAAAAAUUAAAAUUAUAGAAGAUGGAUUUUGACGAUUUUGACUUUGAAGAUUUACCAACUAUAUUAGGGAUUAGUAAGAAUUUAAAGGUUUUAGAUUUAAGUGGGACACAGGGAUUCAGACAGAAUACUUUGCUAAGUAUAAUAGAAAAUAUCCCAAAUGUUGAGGAGCUGUAUUUAAGGGAUUGCAGCUUGAAUGAAUAAAUUCUAUCAGCUCUAAAUUAAAGGUUAUAUUUAGAAGCAACUGCAGCUUUUGAAGAUCAUCAAAAGAAAUAAAAGCAUAACUUUGAGAGCUUAUUAUUUUAAGAUGAUUAGAAGUUUUUGAUGUCAAGCUUAAGAAUUAUAGAUUUAUCAGAAAAUAGAGAAAUGGGAUAGAGCUUGAUCGACCUUUUAAUGUAUUUAAAUGCUCUAUCUUAUUAAUCUAAUAUCACACUUCUCAUAGAAAAUAUUGAUUUGAGCAUCGAUUAAAUAAAGCUAUUUUUGGAAUACAUCAAUUAAAAGAGAAUUACGAAUAUAGAAAUUAUCAAUAUUUCUAAGAAUUAUUUGGAAAGAGUUAAUGCUGAGCUUCUUGCCAACUUUUUAAUUGGGUUAGUCAGAGAAAAUAGGAAGCAUCUUAGAUAGAUUAUUAUGAAAGACACAUAGCUCACAGUAGAUUAGUUGAUAUAAAUAGACAAGAUUGUGCUUGAUAAAUCGAGAUUAGCGAAUAUUGAGAACUUAGAUUUGAGUGGGAUUGGGUAAUUGAGCUUAUAAGAAUUAUGUUUUAGGGGAAUAUUUAAAAAUUUAUCACUUUAUUCAAAAACUAUUACAACUCUUAUUUGGGACAAUAUUGGUAUUAAUAAUUUAAGUGGUUUAGAUCUUUCUUAAAUUAUAUCGUAAUUUUAUAUGCUUGAAAAGUUUGACAUUUCGAAUAAUUUAUAUUUGACUGAGAAAAAUAUCAAAGAAAUUAUAUUAGGACUAAGUUCCCUUAAGCAUUUGACUGAGUUUAAAAUGUAAAAUAUGGGAUUAAACGAUUAGCAGAUGACUUGCCUUGUUGAUGCUCUAAUGGGUAGAAUUUCAACAGCAUCAAGCAAAUACACAAUAGAAGAAGAUUUUUAAGAAAAUAGUACAUUUUAGUCUUUGUAGGUAUUAGAUAUGAGUGGAAAUAAGUUUUGUGAUCAUAAUUAGUGGAAAAGAUUCUUUUAUGUUGUUUUAAGUAGCUAAUAUAACAGAUUGACUACUUUGAUUCUAAAAAAUAUUCAUUUAGAUGAUUUGAUAGCACAGAAUCUUGCGACUGUUAUAAAUGAGAGAUACCAGCAGAUCAGAAUUUAAUCAAUUGACAUUUCUCACAAUACUUAAUCUCUCACAGAUAAUAUGUUUGUUUCCCUUAUAAAUUCCUUUCAAAAAAUUAAGCAAUUGAGAAAACUUUAUUGCAGAAAUGUCUAGCUGAACUCAUAUAAAAUAUAAGCUCUUUGUGCUCUUAUUUUAUCAAAUCAAAUGGAACUAUUGGAUGUCUCAGAAAACGGGCCAAGCAGUAAAAUGGUUUUUAGUGAAACAGUUUAAUAUAAACAAGUAUCAUCAGAUUCAUUUAUUCCUUCUUAAUCUCUGACAAAUCUCUUUGGAUGCAUAAGUGGGUCAUUUACAUAUGAGCACUUAUAAAAAAUUCUCAAACAACAAGAGUUAAUGGAUGACCCAAAGAGGUAAUUUGAUAUAGUUGCAGAUGAUGAGAAUGGAUAAAAGUGCCCAUCAAUUAAAGAAAGUAAUAUUGUUAAGCUAAAUUUGAGUAAUAAUGAGAUGUUGAGUUAUUAUGAUUUUAGAAAGAUUAUCAAAUCAAUUAAUUACAUAGGUUCUUCAAACAUUUGUCACUUGACAAUCAAAAAUAGCUAGCUAUGUGGGAAAUUAGAUUUGCUGAAUGAUUUUCUUAGCAAAAAAAUAAAUAAACUCUAUUAUAUUGAUGUUUCUCACAACCCUAUUCAGUCUAAGUAUAGCUAAAAAUUUCUAGAAAUCAUAUCACAUAAGUUUUCUGAUCACAUGGAAUAUUUGGAUAUAUCCUAUACUGACUUCUGCGAUGACGAGCUAUUUUACCUCAGCCACACAUUAGCUCAAAGCUUUUUAAAUUUAAAUUAUGCCAACUUUUCUGGAUUGUAACACAUUUCACCAAAGUGUCUCUAGGGAUUACUUACAGGUCUAACUCUAGCUUCUUAAGUUAGUCUUGAAACUCUAGUAAUAAGGGAUCUCAAAAUAAAUUAAAAAAAGUAGGAUGUUUUGGUAGAAAUGUUUACAUUCAAUAUUUUCAAAACACUCAGACAUUUAGAUUUGAGUUACAAUCAGUUUAUAAAUGAAGACUUUGAAACAUUAAUUAGGUCUAUAAGUAUUUCUUGUGGACAGAGUUUGAAGAGCAUAAAUUUAUCUUACUGUGAUCUUAAUUAAAUCUCAAUUCAGAUGCUUGCAAUUAGAUUUUAUGAAGCUGGUUUUCAAAUAUUAGAGUCAUUAGAUAUCUCUGGAAACAAAGUGUAUAAAUAAGGUACUAUUAUAAUUCCAAAUGAAGAUAUUGUGAAUUUGAUUGUAAAAAUUCAUAAAAUUAAUGGAUCUAAAUUUAAGAAGUUAUUUAUGAGAGAUAUGAAUUUAAAAGAUGAAUGGAUUUUAGCUAUGAAGUAGGUUUUUGAUAAAUUAGCUUUUGAUAGCUUAGAAGUUUUAGAUAUUUCUUAAAAUAAACUAGAAUAAAAAGUUUCAUAUAGUUAAAAAACUUCAGAUAAGAUUGUAAGUAGAAAAGUUAAUUGCUUUUUAACUAAAGAAACGUUUAUUCCUUUUUAUGAAAUGAUACAUUUCAAAUUUUAGAUGACUUUUAAUUACCUAGAUUUCAAAGAAAUGGAAAUCGAAUCAAAUGAAGAAACUCUUAAACAGCUUCCUCAUGUGGUUCUUAAAUUUACAAGAUUAGAAACAUUCAUCUUCUCAAGGAAUAUUUAAGAGUUUUUAACAGAAUAAAGGUCUAUAAGCUAACAAUAAUUUAAGUAAAAGUAUUUUGGGAAUUAAGUAAUUUAUCAAGAAAUUUUAGAAACAGUAAGUAAAAGCAUUAGAUAUCUAGAUCUUUAAGCCUAGUAACUAGCUGAUUCAACUUUAUUUUCUUUAAAGUUUAUGAAGAAUUUAGAAUAUCUAGAUUUGUCUUAUAAUAAAUUGAUCACAUUUUAAACUUUGUUAAAUGUGAAAAAUUGUAUAAAUCUCUAAACUCUAAAACUCUUUGAAAUUAAUUCAGAUAUUAUGAUGAUCUAGACUCUAAUUAACCUUUUAUAAAAUGCUCCAAACUGCAUAGAUUUAACUUUUGAUUUUGAUUCAAUUUCUAAAGCCUAUAAAAAGCAGCUUUUGGAAGCUAAUUUUAGACAACCAAUAUUGAAAUAAUUCAUUAAGGAAGAUUAAGUAUUAAAAAAUCUUAGUCGUUUAAAUUAAGAACCUUAGCUUUAAAUUGAGCGCAUCAAUAAAAAUAUUUUGAAUUUAGCUUAUAGAUUUUUACCUAAAGGAGAAGUUAUUUAUGCAAAUAAUUUGCUUUUCGAAUUUUUAAAAGAAGGUCAAAAGAUCAAUUUAAGUUUAGACCUUCAAUAUAUCUAAGCAAGCAAAAAAUAAAUUUAAUCUCUCCAUUGCAUUUAUCCAAUAGAAGACUUUUCUUUUGAGGAAAUGAAAUAAAAUUUCAGAAAUUAUAUAAAAUCAGGAAUUCUCUUUCUUAACCGUGCUUUUAUAAAUAAAUUUUUACAAAUUUAUCCAGUUCAACCUGCAUAAGAAGAUUAUGUACUAUAUUUUUUAAAUGAAAGAUUUUUCCAAAUUUGCAAAGAGUCAAACAUUAAAUAAAUUAUUGUAGAUCAUCCCUUAUAUCUGCUUCAACCUCUUUUUUACUCUAAAGAUUCUAUUGUAAAUAUUUUCUAAGCCGCAAAAGAAUGUGGUUUGCAAAAAAUUUAUUUAGAUUACAAUAUCGAAUUCAAUGUAACUGAUGAAAAUAUUGUUGUAGAAUUUUUUGAUUUAAUUCCUCCCUCAAGCUUUAAGUUUCUUUAGGCUACUUUUAGUUUUUCUUUUAUUUAAUAUAUUUAUUAAAUAUGUCACCAACAUCCUUAUUUUAAAAAUUGUGAUAUCCGCUAUAUAUCUAUUAAAGAAAACACAGACGAAUUAGCUGUUAUCUAUAGAGAAAGGUAUUAUAAGCUUCCUGAUAUUAGAUUAGGAAAAACUAAGGAAAUUUGGAAUAGGUUUCUCUACUUCAUUUUAGAUAACAUCUCAAGAUGUUUAUAUGAUUCUAACUUUAUAACUGGUAUAUCUGUUUUGAAUGACAUCAAAGUUAAUUUGAAUUGGUUGAUACUUUGGUACUUUUUGUUAGCAUUUUUCUUAAUAACUUAGUAGCUAAUUAUUUACAUAUUUUAUGUUAAUAUUAUUCUCAUGGUAGUCUUUUUAGCUGCUAAUUAUUUUGUAGAGUUUUACCUACAUUUCAAAAUAAAAAAAGAUAUACCUGAUUGUUUUUCUAUGACUGAUGAAAUUACAAUGACACAUACCUUAAAAGAAAACUGUUUUAAAUAUAUUUUUUCUUAAGUUAUAGCUUUAAAUACGUUUUUCAUAUUUUUUUUAGUAAGGCUUUGCUUUGAGUAAGAUUAAUUAGUCUUUGGAUUUUUUAUUUUUGGAUGGAUUCUUAUGUGCUAAAUAGUAAAAAUAGCUGUAAAUCUAAAAUAGUAAAUUCCGAUUCCUUACUUAAUUUAGUUUGAAGUAGUUUCGACUCUAUAUGAUUAGCUCACAAUUGAAAAUUAUGUGGUUAUAUAAAAUAAAAAACUUAAUAGAAGAGCAGUAAAUGCAACUAUCAUCAUGGUUAUAGAGCUUUUUCCGUCUUUAAUAUUCUAUAUCACAUUUUUAGGAAUAUCUUAAAAUUUCAAGGUCAUGUCUAUCCUUGGCUUAAUUUGCAAUUUAUUAAAUUUUUUAUAUUAGAUUAGUCUUAUUCUAAUGAUAAAACCUUUUUAAAUUAAUUAAAUGGACUUUGAUGUACUUAGUGACUAGCAGCAAUCGCAGAUUGAAUUAAAACAUAAUUAUUUCACAUAAACUUACGAAUAGGAAAGCUUAAAUGCUUUAAGUCAAAUAAAGACAAUAUUUAAGCCAAUUAAUUGA